AUGAUUCUAACGGCACCUACAAAACGUGCGGGCCGAAAGGCGAAGAACAAGGAUGCUCCUACAUCGAGCGGCGGACAACCCAGGGUUAAGAAGGCCGUAUUCGAAACAACAAAGAAAAAGGAAGUCGGCGUAACUGAUCUCACGCUAAUAUCCAAGAUAUCCAAUGAAGCUAUCAAUGAAAAUCUAAAGAAGCGAUUCGAGAACCGCGAGAUUUAUACAUAUAUCGGUCAUGUGCUUAUCUCUGUGAAUCCUUUCCGGGAUCUCGGAAUCUACACCGACCUGGUCCUAGCGAGCUACAGAGGGAAGAAUCGGCUGGAGGUUCCACCGCAUGUUUUUGCUGUCGCGGAGAGCGCCUAUUAUAAUAUGAAUGGGUACAAGGAGAACCAAUGUAUCAUCAUUAGUGGUGAAUCGGGAGCUGGAAAGACCGAAGCCGCCAAACGAAUAAUGCAGUAUAUCGCCGCGGCAUCAUCAACAUCUUCGACGACGAUCCAAGAAAUCAAAGAUAUGGUUUUAGCUACCAAUCCUCUUCUCGAGUCAUUUGGGUGCGCGAAAACGUUAAGAAACAAUAAUUCUAGUCGCCACGGAAAGUACUUGGAAAUUCAAUUCAAUAGCCAAGGGGAACCUGUCGGUGCGAAUAUCACAAACUAUCUUCUUGAGAAGACAAGGGUUGUUGAGCAAAUUAGAGAUGAGAGGAAUUUCCACAUCUUCUACCAGUUUACGAAGGCCGCAAGCCAAAAUUAUAGGGAAACAUUUGGACUGCAAACACCGGAUACAUACCUCUAUACUUCCAAAUCAAAGUGCCUCGAUGUUCCAGGAAUUGAUGAUGUCGCCGAGUUCCAAGAUACUCUGAGUGCCAUGCGGGUCAUUGGGUUGUCUCAGGGGGAACAAGAUCAGAUAUUCCGAAUGUUAGCUGCGAUUUUAUGGCUAGGGAAUAUCCAAUUUGUUGAAGAUGAGCAAGGGAAUGGGGCGAUCAGUGAUUCGAGUGUGACUGACUUUGUCGCAUAUUUACUCGAAGUUGACGGUGCUGCUGUGCACAAGGCUCUUACGCUAAGAAUGAUUGAGACUUCCCGUGGCGGCCGGCGGGGAUCAGUGUACGAAGUUCCUCUCAACCCAACCCAGGCUACCGCUGUUCGGGAUGCCCUUGGGAAGGCAAUUUACCAGAACUUGUUCGAGUGGAUCGUUGAUCGCGUAAACAUCUCCAUGAAGACUCGGGGAGCUAUUGCACACACAAUAGGAAUUCUCGAUAUCUACGGAUUCGAAAUUUUUGAGAAUAAUUCCUUCGAGCAGAUCUGUAUUAAUUACGUCAACGAGAAACUGCAACAGAUCUUCAUUCAGCUCACUCUCCGAACCGAGCAGGAAGAGUAUGCACGGGAGCAAAUCACAUGGACGCCGAUUAAGUAUUUUGACAAUAGGAUCGUGUGCGAUUUGAUUGAGGAGAAGAGACCCCCUGGGGUGUUUGCUGCUCUCAACGAUGCCUGUGCAACGGCUCACGCUGAUUCAGGCGCCGCUGAUGGAACUUUUGUUCAAAGACUCAAUAUGUUAGCCUCGAACCCACACUUUGAGAAUCGCCAAGGGCAAUUCCUCGUUAAGCAUUAUGCCGGAGAUGUCAUGUACACAGUUGCUGGGAUGACGGAUAAGAACAAGGAUCAAUUGUUAAAGGAUCUUCUGGAUUUAGUGGGGCAGAGUGGGAAUGCAUUCUUGAGAACACUGUUUCCGAACCAAGUGGAUAGAGAUUCGAAGAGGCGUCCUCCGACAGCCAGCGACAAGAUCAAGGCAUCGGCUAAUGAUCUUGUCACUACCUUAAUGAAGGCUCAGCCCAGCUAUAUCCGAACAAUCAAGCCGAAUCAGAACAAGAGCCCCACAGAGUAUGAUGUGCCUGCAGUAUUACAUCAAAUUAAGUAUCUAGGAUUGCAGGAGAACGUUCGCAUUCGAAGAGCAGGAUUUGCGUAUCGCCAGACCUUUGAAAAGUUUAUUGAGCGAUUUUAUCUUUUAUCGCCUAAAACUUCCUAUGCUGGUGACUAUACUUGGACUGGAGACGCACGCACGGGUACCCUUCAGAUUCUGAAAGAUACAAGUAUCCCGAAAGAGGAAUAUCAGAUGGGUGUCUCCAAGGCAUUCAUUAAGACACCUGAGACAUUGUUUGCGCUGGAAACGAUGAGGGAUAGGUAUUGGCAUAACAUGGCAAUUAGAAUCCAGCGUGCUUGGAGGAAUUACUUGAGAUACCGAGCGGAGUGCGCAACCAGGAUUCAGAGGGCUUGGAGAAAGAAGAGAGGUGGGGAGGAAUUUUUGAAGAUCAGAGAUCAGGGGCACAAGCUACUUGGGGGAAGGAAAGAAAGGAGGAGAAUGAGUUUAUUGGGUAGCCGUAGGUUUAUGGGAGAUUAUCUGGGCGUAGCGAACGUAGGGAGUCGACUAGAGCCCAUUCGUGCGCCUGCGGGAAUUGGGCUAGGGGAAAAAGUUUUGUUUAGCUGCAGGUCUAAGGUCUUGGUAUCCAAAUUAGGGCGAAGCAGCAAGCCGAGUCCUAGAAUACUAGUUAUGACCAACAAAGCAAUAUAUAUCGUGAUUCAAGCUAUGGCCAACGGUCAAGUCGCGAUAUCUUCCGAGAGGACCAUGCCGCUCGGGUCCAUCAAGUUUGUUAGCAUGUCUAGCCUCCGAGAUGAUUGGUUUUCUCUUGGAGUUGGUUCUCCUCAGCAACCGGAUACGCUCGUUUCCUGCGUCUUCAAAACAGAGCUCGUAACACAUCUACGGGCGGCUAUGCCUGGUGGGCUCGAUUUGAGGAUUGGGCCAGUCAUUGAAUACGCCAAAAAACCUGGAAAGAUGGCGGCUGUUAAGGUCGUUAAAGACCUUGCUAUCCCAAGAGACGAUCUUUACAAGAGCUCCACUAUUCAUGUGGGGCCCGGGGAGCCACCAAACAGUAUUUCAAGACCGACCCCUAAAGGGAAACCUGUUGCUGCCAGGCCAGUAACUUCCGGCAAACUUCUGAAGCCCGGCGGGCCGAGGGGUGGGCCAGCAAGAAAUAAAAAUCCACCAAGCAUGACUCCAGCUCCAAACGCAAACGCCAGUGCAUUACUCCCUGUCCCUCCAAAAUCAGUUGUGCCGGAGGCGAGCCGUAUUCCCCCGCCGGCACCGCCUGCGCCUCCAGCUGCGCCUCCCCGCGUUGCUGACCCUACCUGUCGGGCUCUGUACGACUUCGCGGGCCAAACUGAAAACGAGCUCUCACUUUCGAAAGAUGAAGUAGUUAUAAUUAUUCGUAAGGAGGCGAAUGGGUGGUGGCUUACUAAGAAAAUGAAUUCUACUGAACAAGGUUGGGCACCGUCGGCAUACCUUGAAGAAGAGGCUGCUCCUCCCCCUACCCCACCGCCACCACCUGUUGCCCCUGCUCGACCGGCAAAUGGGGCGGCUAGACCAGCAGGUAGGAAACCGGCACCACCAGCCCCUCCGGCAAAGAGGCCAACUGUUGGGAGAAAGCCUGCAACGGUGGAGAACAGAAGCAGUGUCGCGGGUAGUACUAGUAGUAGUAGUAGUGGGGCCGGAAGCUCUACGACAAGCUUUGCACCUGGUUUAGCACAGGCCUUACUAGAUAGACAGCAAGCCAUGAGAGGAGGGAGGAAGGAUGAGUCUGACGAUUGGUAGAUUUUCUUGAAUAAACUAUUUUUCGCGUUCCUCUCUUGCUUUGAAGUUUUGUAGUGAGCAGUUGCACCAAAUUUCACAACACCCCGGUUAUUUUUUUCUUGGUUCCAUUUUCAUUUCCCAUUUUCCUUUUCUCCGCCACAAUAAAUAGAAGAGAGUCGGCUUUUGUUAUACGGGUAGUGUAGACUUGGGGUCGUGUUUUUAUACUAUACUUUUUUUCUUCGUUCUUGACCCCAUCCACCCAGUUCUUCAUCGGCUCGGUGCCGAGAGGGAGGGGGGAGGGGGGCAUUUUCUGUGUUUCUAUUGCCGAUAAUUAUGUAUUUCGUUCAGAGCUAUGGUUUGAGAGAGGAGAAACUGUUCUGGAACGUUGGUUGUCAGUGUGCUUCGUUACUA